CUGCCUCCCCAAUAGUAAACACCAACUUUCCUCAUUAGCCUUUUUUUGGGGUUUUGUCUCUCUGCAUGCAGUAUCCAUCCAUCUACCCAUGACGAGCAUGCGUGUGAUAAUGGUGGUAGCAAUUUUGGCAAUGGCAACAGUGAUGCCAACGUUGUUCGUAGAGGGUUUCAUGGACUACCAUCCCAUAAGGGCACUGGCGGCCAAAAACAACGUGACGUGUGUUUUGGUGUUUGGAGAUUCGAGUGUUGACCCUGGAAACAACAACCAUCUCCACCUUGCCCCCAAGGGGAACUUCCCUCCUUACGGGAAAGACUUGUUUGAUGGCCACCCUACAGGGAGGCUCAGUAAUGGAAGGCUUGCCACUGACUUCAUUGCGGAGGCACUUGGUUAUACAAGUGUAAUACCAGCAUUUCUGGAUCCGACUCUAACAAGCGCAGAUCUAUUACAUGGUGUUAGCUUUGCAUCGGCUGGUUCGGGUUACGAUGAAUUGACCGCCAAUUUAUCGAAUUCGUUGUCUGUUUCACACCAACUGCAGUAUUUCAGGCAUUACAAGAUUCACCUGGGACAUUUAGUGGGAGAGAUAAAAGCUGAAGAAAUCACCAGUAAUGCCAUAUAUGUUCUAAGCAUGGGCUCGAAUGACUUCCUCCAGAACUAUUACAGAGAACUUGAACGUCCCCAAGAGUUCACCCCCGAACAAUACGUGAAUUUCUUAGCUGCUCGCAUGCUCCAUGCUGUUCAGGGAAUGCAUGGUUUGGGAGCAAGGAGAAUGGCAGUGGUAGGGCUAAGCCCAAUUGGUUGCGCGCCAUUUGUUAGGACCCUAAAGAAUCUCCAACGCAAAUGCGACGAUGAAUACAACGGAGUGGCACGCUCUUUCAAUGCCAAGCUACAGCAGAAUUUGGCAACCCUGAAGGCGUCCCUAGGAAUGCAAAUUGUCUACAUCGAUAUCUACUCUAUCAUGAUGAGCGCAAUUAACGCCCCUCAGAAAUACGGUUUUAAGGAGACGUCGAAGGGGUGCUGUGGAACAGGGAUGUAUGAAUACAGCGAAACAUGCAGGGGAAUGAGCACAUGUCCAGACCCAUCAAAGUACGUGUUUUGGGAUGCUGCUCAUCCAACUCAGAGAAUGUACGAAAUUAUUGCUGGUGAAGCUGUGGAGACUAUUGUGCAUGGCUACUCCAACAAUUAACUAUCUAAUUAUGCUUUUGAGUGUUGGCGACAUUAAUUAUGUAAUAGGCUAGUAGUGUUAUGGUUAGUCUAAGCCGUGGGUCCGAUCUCAUCUGUCCCAAAAACCCCAAUGCCUCUGUGUCGAGGGGUUUUCGUUUUCGGCACAGAAGAUCCUGCCUCGUCUAAGCCACGUGGGCGGGCCCAAAUGAGGCUAAGGAAUUCCGUAUUAUAUUGCCCAUGGUUUUAGUUGGUUUUGUAAGUGCAUGAUUUCAUGAAUUCCUCUGUAGGAGACAUGUUAAUGUGUUGCUUUGUGCGUGUUUGCAUAAACUUUGGUAUUUCUCU